GGAAAAAAAGUGCAGUAAGCGGAAUUCUAUUCCACUCAACGUUCGACCAGCCAAAACCGAGUUUUCGAUAGCAAUACCUCGGAGUCGCCCAAUUGACAAGAUGGAGGAAGACAAUAAUCUGACAUCGUCUAGUUCAGAUGAUUCUGACUUCUCUGGCGACGAGGAAAUAGCGUCACAAACCCGCCCGACACAGACGAACGAUAAAGACUCGGACGAGGAAGAACUCGAGCGAUUCGUGUUAGGGGAUACGGCUAAUUUCCGCGAAAAUCUAUUCCGAGACGAUUCAAAAUUUGACGAUGAAGAUACCAGACUUGGUGGCCAUGACAGUGAACGAGACAAUGAACUCGGGACUGGUUUAGAGGAUGUGGACGAUGCAGAUCUCUUUACUUUUGACUUGGGUGGUGCUGGGACCAGCGACAAUAAGGAACUUUUGGUAACACCAGCUACAAAGACGCAAGGUGUUGCUGAAAAAGACGCGCCAGCUUGGGAAGAUAGCGAUGACGAACGGCUGACUAUAUCGCUUGCGGACGUACAGCAAUUGCGAAAGCUACGGAUCAGCGAAACGGAGGACGUUGUGACAGGAACCGAGUAUACCAGAAGGCUGCGCCAACAAUAUCUGCGGCUCAAUCCUCUUCCUGCAUGGGCACGGGAGGCUGAAGAGGGACGUCCGGCUAAGCGCCGAAGACGAUCAUCUGCAGUAGCAAGCGACUCGGACUUAUCCGAUGACGAGGUAGACGGCGAAGGAGAUAUUGAAGCAUCUGCACUUCCAUUAGACAAGUUCCUUAGGGAUGCCAAUGCUUUAAAGGGCCUUAAAACGCAGAAGACGAAGAAGCUUCGUCCGGAAGUCAUUGAUAUCCAAAGAUCUCGCGAUAUACCAGAUUCUCAUAAAGACGAAGUUACAUCUCUGGCCUUCCAUCCAGAGUAUCCUGUUCUGUUAUCUUCCAGCACCUCAUCUAUACUACAUCUACAUCACAUCAACCCAACAGCUCAUCCGACGCCAAAUCCUCUUUUGACAUCGGUGCAAAUCAAGCAGGUGCCUGUCCGGAGAGCCGAAUUCCUGUACCCUACUGGUGACAAAAUCUUCUUUGCGGGGCGGCGUCGUUAUAUCCACUCGUGGGACUUGUUAACUGGUACGGUACAGAAGACCAAUAAAAUCCAAGGCCAUCGGUUAGAGCAGAAAACAUGGGAGCGCUUCAAGCUCAGCCCCUGUGGGCAGUAUCUAGGGCUGAUUGCUUCUACAAGAAAGGGUGGUGGCAUCAUAAAUAUUCUAAACGUCAACACAAUGCAAUGGAUCGCCGCAACUAGGCUUGAUAGCAGGGGUGGCAUCGCAGAUUUCUCCUGGUGGAACAAUAGCAACGGUCUUACAGUCCUAGGCAAGGGAGGUCAGGUUGGUGAAUGGAGUAUGGCUACUAGGCGCUUUUUGUCAAUUUGGAAUGACGAAGGCUCCAAUGGCGCUACGGUGAUGGCAUUGGGAGGCCGCAACGGGCCUGCGGUUCUUGGUGGAGAUCGGUGGAUAGCAAUUGGUUCAAACAGUGGAGUGACGAACAUAUACGAUCGACAAGCCCUCAUAUUGCCUUCAUCGGGCGAGGAGCUUGAAAUCAAAGAACGCCCUGAACCAACCCGAAGGCUGAUGCAGCUUACCACGCCUGUUACGAUCCUCACUUUUAGCCCCGAUGGCCAAUUGUUGGCAUUUGCUAGCAAGCACAAGAAAGAUGCUUUACGGUUAGCACAUUUGCCAAGCUGUACAGUCUACAGAAACUGGCCUACGGAGCAAACACCGCUUGGUAGAAUCUCAGAUGUUGCAUUCGGGAGAAAAAGCGAUAUGCUAGCUGUUGGUAACGAUUCUGGGAAGAUCAGGCUAUGGGAAAUACGAAGUUAGACAGUUCAUACAGUACUGCAUUCCCAUUCGCAAAGUCGCAAAUAACUACAAAUAAAUAAUAUCCAUCUUCCUUCAACCUAUUGUAGCUCUUGAAUCCCUUCCUCCCCUGACCAGGGAAACAGGCCUCUUAUCAAUGUACCCCGUCUAUUUGCCAUACCGUUUACUCGGAGACAUAAUGUAAGCUAGUAGACUUUCGAGUGGGC